AUGAUCAAUUGGAAGCUUGUUCUAAAAUCAAGUGCUGCUAUAGUAUCAGCUUUAAUAAUUCUUAAACAGAUUCAUGAUCAGAUAAAUUAUAGUAAAAAAAAGCUUACUUCCUUGUCCCCUAGGUCCAGGGGUGUUGAAUCUUUAAUUGGAAAUACUCCGAUGAUUGAGAUCAAAUCGUUAUCAAAACUUACAGGAUGCAAGAUCUAUGCCAAGUUGGAAUUAAUGAACCCCGCUGGGAGUGCUAAGGAUCGUGUGGCAUUGUCAAUUAUAAGAGCAAACGAAAAACUUGGAAAAUUGAAGCCAAAUCAUGGGGACGUCAUAUUUGAAGGUACUUCAGGAUCGACUGGAAUAUCGUUUGCGGUUUUAGCCAAUGCUUUAGGAUACAAGGCACAUAUAUGUCUUCCAGAUGAUACUUCACCUGAAAAAAUGCAAUUAUUAAAGUCAUUGGGGGCAGAGUUGGAGCCUGUAAAACCUGCAUCUAUAGUGGAUCCCAACCAGUAUACAAAUGCUGCCAGGUACGGGGCACAGAAAAUCAACGAAGAUAAGUCUAACAGUAAGAAUGCUAUAUUUGCGGAUCAAUUUGAGAACGAUUUCAAUUGGCGGAUACACUACAGCUCUACAGGGCCAGAAAUUUGGGAACAGAUGGAAGGAAAUGUUGAUGUGUUUAUAAACGGCUCUGGUACUGGAGGAACAAUUGCUGGUGUCUCCAAGUAUUUAAAAGAAAAAAAUGAGAGUAUAAAGAUAAUAUUGGCAGAUCCCCAGGGCUCUGGAUUAGCCAAUAGAGUAAACUAUGGUGUGAUGUAUGAUUCGGUGGAAAGGGAAGGGACGAGAAGAAGACAUCAGGUAGAUACUUUAGUCGAAGGUAUUGGAUUAAAUAGGUUGACUUGGAAUUUUCAACAGGGCGAGCAUAAUAUCGAAGAAGCAAUUAGAGUUCGUGAUGAACAAGCGUUGAAAAUGGCAAAAUUUUUGUGUAUUAAUGAUGGACUAUUCUGGGGUUCUUCUUCCGCAAUAAAUUGUGUUGCUGCAGUUAAAACUGCUUUCAAAUAUGGUCCAGGACAAAAAAUAGUGAUAAUCGCUUGUGAUUCGGGGGCAAGACACUUAUCCAAAUUUUGGAAAGAAGCUGCUGAAUUGCCUAAUGAUAUUACAUUACAGGAUAUUAUAGGAGAUAAUAAAUUGCCUUGA